CACGAGGACAUCUAUACGAUACCAAACUUCCUCACCUUUACCCGACUUGUUGCAAGUCCAGUCAUCGGUUACCUCGUGCUGCAGGAUGCGCACACCUGGGCCGUGGGCUUGCUGGCGUACGCUGGCUUUACAGAUCUGCUGGAUGGAUGGAUAGCGAGGAAGUGGAAUCGCAGGACGGUCGUGGGCACGAUCAUCGAUCCAAUGGCCGACAAGGUCCUGAUGACCGUGCUGACGGUGUGUCUAGCCAUCAAAGGGGCGUUGCCUGUCUGGGUCGCAAGCAUCAUCCUGGGCAGGGAUGUCGGACUGGCCAUUGCAGCCAUCUAUUACCGUUGGAUCUCACUGCCGCCGCCCAAGACGUUUACACGAUACUGGGACUUUUCACUACCCUCCGCCGAAGUUCGACCUACCACGAUUAGCAAAUACAACACCUUCCUUCAACUGGCCCUUGUUGGUCUAACGACGGCAGCACCGCUUUUGAGUGUUGAUUUGGCGACAACGCUUACAGUUAUGCAAUACGUGGUGGCUACGACGACGGUGUGGAGCGGAGCGAGUUAUGUUUUCGCAAAAGACGCCAUCAAGAUUUUGAACAAGCCUUGA